AUGGUCACCACAAUGUCUGGAAUGAAAAAUCGGUUCAAGCUGGAGAUGCCAAAGCCACAGGAGACUCCAAACUUAAAUCUAGACGACAAAUGCAAGGUCAGACUCACAAAUGAUUCGGAAGAAAUUGAGAUCGCGGCUAAAGAUUUAGAGGUUCUCGAGGAACUGGGAAAAGGUGGCUAUGGAGUUGUGGAAAAGAUGCGCCAUCGACACUCUGGAAUCGUGAUGGCCGUGAAGCGGAUUUCCUCCUCAAUCAAUGAUGAAUCUCAAAAACGUAUGUUAACUGAACUCGACGCCUGCAAGCGGAGUGAUUGUUGCCCCCAGAUGGUGCGGUUCUACGGUGCAAUGUUCCGCGAGGGUGAUGUUUGGAUUUGCAUGGAAGUGAUGGAUACCUCACUCGACAAGUUUUAUAAAAAAUGCAAAGCUCUAGGAAGAAGGCUUCCUGAACCUUUCAUAGCAAGAGUGACAUUGUCGGUCAUUGAAGGACUUAAUUUCAUGAAAGAAGACAUGAAUUUGAUACAUCGUGACGUGAAGCCGUCAAAUAUUUUGCUUAAUCGACAUGGGCAAGUAAAAAUAUGCGACUUUGGCAUAUCAGGGCACCUUACUAACAGUCUAGCAAAGACAGUUGCUGCUGGUUGUAAGUUCUAUAUGCCACCUGAACGCAUUGAUGGCGACAUGAAAGGUUCAUACGACGUGAGAGCCGAUGUUUGGAGUCUCGGAAUCACCAUAGUGGAAAUCGCAACUGGAAACUAUCCUUACGAAAUCUGGGUCACACCGUUUCAACAGCUGAAGCAGGUUAUUGAGGAACCCGCUCCUCGGCUGCCUUCUGAUGGUUCGUUUUCCGCUGAUUGCCAAUAUUUUGUCCAGCGCUGCCUGGAGAAGAACCCUUACGAACGCCCGAAAUACCCUGAGCUUUUGGCGAUGCCUUUUCUUGAUGGUGCUAGGAAUGAGAAGCAAUUCAGUAUGGCAAGGUUCGUUGUAGAGAUCUUGGAUGCUCCACAACUUCUUCAAACUUCGACAAGCAAAUGCAUGUGA